AUGGAUGAGGAAGGAUCGAAACCUGAUUGGAAUGGCAUAAGGAGGACUUACCUUAAAUUUUCGGAAGCAUAUAAUUAUUUUAAGGACGCUUUUCGAAUAUUGAGUGCAGCAUUUUCGGUGCUAAUAGCCGUGAUCGUCUGGUUGCUUCGGAAUAUUAUACUCCAAAGCCUGAUUGGGAUUUCAUGCCAGAGCUUCUAUUCAGCAACUAGCAACACUCAAUCCAUUUGUUCAAUUCUGGUCAGAUCUGUUCUUUCUGAUGAUCAGAAAUUAUUCUUGAAAACUGUUCAACGUCUCAACAAAGCAAACAUCUCCAAGCUGGACGUGUACGGGCUUUUCAUUGUCGACGCGACACUGCCGCUACGACUAAUCCAAGUGAUAGCUACAUAUACCAUCGUACUACUGCAGUUCGCAUUUCAAUAA